GCCUUCCACGACCUGAUGUACAGCGUCAAGGUCAAGCAGCCGAUGAGGUCGUCGUUCAGCCGGAGACGCGACCACGACGUCGAAGCGGCACAUAGUCACGGCGAGGGCGUGAGGACACGCGCGCUGCUCGACGGAAUCUCCGGUGAAGCGCGGGAGGGGGAGAUCAUGGCCGUGCUUGGCGCGAGCGGCGCCGGCAAGAGCACACUCAUCGACGCGCUCGCUGACCGGAUCCAGCGCGAUAGCCUCCGCGGCGCCGUCACGCUCAACGGAGACGCCCUGGACAGCCGCAUGCUCAGAGUCAUCUCGGCGUACGUGAUGCAGGACGAUCUGCUCUACCCGAUGCUCACCGUCGCCGAGACGCUCAUGUACUCAGCGGAGUUUCGUCUCCCGCGCUCGCUCUCUGCGUCCAAAAAAAGGAGCCGCGUCGAGGCGCUCAUCGACCAGCUCGACCUCCGCGCCGCCGCCAACACCAUCAUCGGCGACGAGGGCCACCGCGGCGUGUCCGGUGGCGAGCGCCGGCGUGUAUCCAUCGGCAUCGACAUCAUCCACGACCCCAUCGUCCUAUUCCUUGACGAGCCCACGUCUGGCCUCGAUUCUACAAGCGCCUUCAUGGUGGUGAAGGUGCUACAGCGCAUCGCGCGGAGCGGCAGCGUUGUGGUCAUGUCGGUCCACCAACCAAGCUACCGCAUCCUCGCCCUCAUUGACCGCCUCAUGAUCCUCUCCCGCGGUCGGACGGUCUACUACGGCCCGCCGGCCGCCCUGCGUGGGUUCCUCUCUGUGUUCAUGGGCGAACCGAUCCCUGACGGGGCGAACCCGGCCGAGUUGGCGCUCGAUCACAUACGCGAGCUGGAGGGCUCCCAGGGCGGGACCGAGGAGCUCGUCAAGUUUAACAGGUUGUGGCAAGAGAAGACUCUCUCGUCCCGUGCCGUGGACGGGCCUUGGCUGUCGCUCAAGGAGACCAUCCGCUUGAGCAUUGCCCGCGGCAAGCUGGUGUCCGGCACGGAGGUGGCGGCGGUGGCAGUACUCAGAACCGAAGUUGCCACUUACGCGAAUCCGUGGUGGGUCGAGGUGUGGGUGCUGACGCGGCGAGGGUUCACCAAUACCCGCCGCACGCCGGAGGUGUUCCUGGUCCGGUUCGGCGCCGUGGUAGCAACCGCUUUCAUCCUGGCCACCCUUUUCUGGCGGCUCGACAGCACACCCACGGGCGUGAAGGAGCGAUUCAGCUUCUUCGCCAUCGCCAUGUCCACCAUGUUCUACACCACCGCCGACGCGCUCCCUGUGUUCCUCAUCGAGCGCUACAUCUUUUUCCGGGAGACAGCGCACAACGCGUACCGCCGAUCCUCCUACGCCGUGUCUAACGCUAUCGUAGCCUUCCCACCACUCAUCUUCCUCUCCCUCGCCUUCGCAGCCAGCACCUUCUUUGCCGUAGGGUUGGCCGGUGGAGCCGAGGGCUUUGUUUUCUUCGUCCUCAUUGUGCUCGCCUCCUUCUGGGCGGGGAGCGGCUUCGCCACGUUCCUGUCCGGCGUGGUGCCGCACGUCAUCAUUGGGUACACCGUGGUGGUGGCCGGGGUGUCCUACUUCCUGCUCUUCAGCGGCUUCUUCAUGAGCCGCCACCGCAUCCCCGACUACUGGAUGUGGUUCCACUACAUGUCGCUGCUCAAGUACCCGUAUGAGGCAGUGAUGCAGAACGAGUUCGGCGCCGACACAGGCAAGUGCUUCAUGCGAGGGGUGCAGAUAUUCGACGGGAUGCCCAUGGGGAAGCUGCCGGUGGAGAACCAGGUGAGCAUGCUCACCACGAUGAGCAAGUCCAUGGGGAUCCACUUCAACACCACAACCUGCCUCACCACGGGGACGGACAUACUGGCCAAGCAGGCCAUUGACCAACUCGGCAAGUGGGGCUGCUUGUGGGUUACUGUCGCGUGGGGUUUUCUCUUACGGAUCUUCUUCUAUGUUACGCUCGUGCUCGGCAGCAACAACAAACGAAGGUGA